AUGGAACCAUCUGAGUCCCAGCGGCGCAGAGGCGAGCAAAGCUGGUGGGGUAGUGCCCCCCAGUACCAGUAUAUGCCCUUUGAACAAUGCACCAGCUACGGACUGCCCUCUGAGAACGGGGGCCUUCAGCACAGGCUCUGGAGGGAUGCAGGCCCCCGUCCUAAGGCCAACCCCACACAGAUUUAUGGUCAUCACAAAGAGCAAUUCUUGGAUGAGGGGCAGGACUUACAGAUGCCCAAGAAGACAGACUCCAGUGCUACCAUAGACAGCAAGGAUGAGGAUCACUAUUCUAAAUGUCAAGAUUGUAUCCGCCGCCUGGAACUCGUGGUGAGAAGAAAAUUAGGGGAAGAUUGGAUCUUUCUGGUGCUUCUGGGACUACUUAUGGCUCUGGUUAGCUGGAGCAUGGAUUAUGUCAGUGCCAAAAGCCUUCAGGCCUACAAGUGGACCUACUACCAGAUGCAGCCCAGCCUGCCUCUGCAGUUCCUGGCCUGGGUCACUUUCCCACUUAUUCUCAUCCUCUUCAGCGCUCUCUUUUGCCACCUCAUCUCUCCCCAGGCUGUUGGCUCUGGAAUCCCUGAAAUGAAGACAAUUCUUCGUGGGGUUGUCCUGAAGGAAUAUCUCACCCUCAAGGCCUUCGUGGCCAAGGUUGUUGCCCUGACUGCAGGGCUGGGAAGUGGCAUCCCUGUGGGGAAGGAGGGCCCUUUUGUCCACAUCGCCAGCAUCUGCGCCGCCGUCCUCAGCAAGUUUAUGUCGGUGUUCUGUGGAGUGUAUGAGCAGCCAUACUAUUACACUGAUAUGCUGACGGUCGGCUGUGCUGUAGGAGUUGGCUGUUGUUUUGGGACACCACUUGGAGGAGUGCUAUUCAGCAUCGAGGUCACCUCCACCUACUUUGCCGUGCGGAACUACUGGCGAGGAUUCUUUGCGGCGACGUUCAGUGCCUUUGUUUUCCGCGUGCUGGCCGUAUGGAACAAGGAUGCUGUCACCAUCACUGCUCUCUUCAGAACCAAUUUCCGAAUGGACUUCCCCUUUGAUCUGCAGGAACUCCCAGCCUUUGCCAUCAUCGGGAUUUGCUGUGGGUUCCUGGGAGCUCUAUUUGUGUAUCUACAUCGCCAAGUCAUGCUCGGUGUCCGAAAGCACAAGGCCCUCAGCCGGUUUCUUGCUAAGCACCUCCUGCUGUAUCCUGGAAUCGUUACCUUUGUCAUUGCCUCAUUCACCUUUCCACCAGGAAUGGGUCAAUUCAUGGCUGGAGAGUUAAUGCCUCGUGAAGCCAUCAGUACCCUGUUUGACAACAAUACGUGGGUAAAACAUGUAGGUGACCCUGAGAGCCUGGGCCAGUCAGCCGUGUGGAUUCACCCACGGGUCAACGUUAUCAUCAUCAUCUUCCUCUUCUUUAUCAUGAAGUUCUGGAUGUCCAUCGUGGCCACCACUAUGCCCAUACCUUGCGGAGGCUUCAUGCCUGUAUUUGUGCUAGGAGCUGCAUUUGGAAGGCUGGUAGGAGAGAUCAUGGCCAUGCUAUUCCCUGAUGGCAUCUUAUUUGAUGGCAUUAUCUACAAGAUCUUACCUGGGGGCUAUGCAGUAAUUGGAGCAGCAGCGCUGACUGGUGCAGUGUCCCACACAGUCUCUACAGCUGUGAUUUGCUUUGAAUUAACGGGUCAGAUUGCUCACAUCCUACCCAUGAUGGUGGCUGUUAUCUUGGCCAACAUGGUGGCUCAGAGCUUGCAGCCCUCCCUCUAUGACAGCAUCAUCCAGGUCAAGAAGCUACCCUACUUGCCUGACCUUGGUUGGAACCAGCUCAGCAAAUUUACAAUCUUUGUUGAGGACAUCAUGGUACGCGAUGUGAAGUUCGUUUCAGCUUCUUGCACGUAUGGGGAGUUGCAAACUCUGCUCCAGACCACCACAGUCAAGACUUUACCACUGGUUGAUUCAAAAGAUUCAAUGAUCCUGCUGGGCUCUGUGGAGCGGUCAGAACUGCAGUCCCUCCUGCAGCGCCACCUGUGUCCUGAGCGGAGGUUGUGGGCAGCCCAGGACAUGGCAAGGAAGCUGUUGGAGCUGCCUUACGAUGGGAAGACGCGGCAGGCUGAGGAUGGGCGCCGCGGCCUCUCAUCCCAGGGCCGACCUGAGUCCUUUGUCUUUGUGGAUGAGGAUGAAGAAGAAGACCUCUCUGGGAAGCCCGAGCUGCCUCCUCUGACUCCUCCUCACCCCUUUCCUACUGCUGCACUGCCCCCCGAAGAACCCAAUGGGCCCCUGCCCAGCCACAAACAGCAGCCAGAAGCACCAGAGCCUGCAGGUCAAAGACCCUCCAUCUUUCGGUCUCUGCUGCACUGUUUGCUGGGCAGAUCUCGCCCCACAAAGAAGAAAACAACCCAGGAUUCCACGGAUUUAGUGGAUAACAUGUCACCUGAAGAGAUUGAGGCCUGGGAGCGGGAGCAGCUGAGCCAGCCCGUCUGCUUUGACUGCUGCUGUAUUGACCAGUCCCCCUUCCAGCUGGUGGAGCAGACGUCGCUGCACAAGACUCACACACUGUUCUCGCUCCUCGGCCUGCACCUUGCUUAUGUGACCAGUAUGGGGAAGCUCAGGGGUGUGCUGGCCCUGGAGGAGCUGCAGAAGGCCAUUGAGGGGCACACCAAGUCUGGGGUGCAGCUCCGCCCUCCGCUUGCCAGCUUCCGGAAUACAACUUCAAUUCGGAAAAAUCCCGGGGGCCCGCCCCCUCCUGCAGAGGCCUGGAGUCUGCCUGAGGAUGGAACUGGGGCCAUUGGGGCAGAGGAUGUGGCUCCUGCCUCCCCAGAGACCCCCAUGCCACGCCCCUCCCCAGUGUCCCCCCUCUCCCUGGCUCCAACCACGGCGGACAGCGAGCUAGAGGAGCUGGAGCUGGUGGAGAGUCCAGGGCUGGAAGAGGAGCUGGCUGACAUCUUGCAGGGCCCCAGUCUGCGGUCCACGGAUGAGGAGGACGAGGAUGAACUGAUCCUUUGACACCUCCCGGACCUCCUCAUGAAGACUAUCAAUCAAGAGACUCUCACUGGAGGACAGACUUGUGUGGGAGGGGGUAUGUCCUAAAGUUGGAGUGAU